AUGGCGGAGGGCGGCGCCGGGCCGGCGCGGAGGAAGGCGCUGUCGCUGCUGGAGGCGGCCCGCUGCCGCUACGAGAGCCUGCAGAUCUCCGACGACGUCUUCGGGGAGUCGGGCCAGGACAGCAGCGGGAACCCCUUCUACAGCACCUCGGCCGACUCUCGCUCCGCCGCCUCCUCACAGGACGAGGAGGACGACGAGGAGGACGAGGGGCGCCCGGAGGGGCCGGGCUCGCGGGGCAGGGCGGCCCGGCGCCGCGCCCCCAGGGCGGCGGCCACCCCGGCGGAGCGGCGGCGGCAGCGGCAGGUCGGCGGCGACGGCACCGUCCCGGGCGGCCCCGGCCCUACGGAGGAGGAGGAAGCGGAGAUGGGGGGCUGGACCCGGUCGCUGCGAGACGUCCCACCCCCUCACUUCAAGGAUGGCAGCGGUCCAACACGAAAAAUGCCCCUGACUGCUAGUGCCAUGGACUUUUUUCAACUCUUUGUCCCUGACAACGUACUAAAGAAUAUGGUGGUCCAAACCAACAUGUAUGCCAAGAAGUACCAGGAGAGGUUCGGUAGUGACGAUGCCUGGAUUGACGUCACCUUGACAGAAAUGAAGGCCUUCUUAGGCUACAUGAUAUCAACCAGCAUCCACCACUGUGAGUCUGUUCUCAGCAUCUGGAGCAGCGGCUUCUACAGCAACAAGAGCAUUGCACUUAUCAUGACACAAUCACGGUUUGAGAAGAUCCUGAAGUACUUCCACAUUGUGGCCUUCCGCUCAAGCCAGACAACGCAUGGCCUCUACAAAAUCCAGCCUUUUCUGGACUCUCUGCAGAAUGGAUUUGACUCCGCUUUUAGACCUUCGCAAGCCCAGGUACUACAUGAGCCCCUGAUUGACGAGGAUCCUGUUUUCAUUGCAACGUGCACAGAGAGGGAGCUGCGCAAGAGGAAAAAGAGGAAAUUCAGUCUCUGGGUUCGGCAGUGCUCAUCCACUGGUUUCAUCUGCCAGAUUUAUGUCCAUCUCAAAGAAGGGAGCGGUGCUGACGGGCUGGAUGCUUUGAAGAACAAACCGCAGCUUCACAGUAUGGUGGCCAAAAGCCUUUGUCAGAACGCCUCUGGGAAGAACUACAUCAUCUUCACUGGCCCAAGCAUUACCAGCCUGAAUCUCUUUGAAGAAUUUGAGAAGCAAGGUAUUUACUGCUGUGGGUUGCUGAGCACCAGGAAGAGUGACUGCACAGGCCUACCUGCAUCCAUGCUGAACAACCCUGAAACUCCCCAGUCCAGAGGACAGUACAGAAUAAGAAUGAAGGGAAACAUGUCCUUGAUCUGCUGGUACAAUAAAGGGCACUUUCGUUUUCUGACCAACGCCUAUUCACCGGUUCAACAAGGAGUUAUAAUUAAGAGAAAAAGCGGAGAAAUUCCAUGCCCUUUGGCGGUUGAAGCCUUUGCUGCUCACCUUAGCUAUAUCUGCAAAUAUGACGACAAAUACAGCAAGUAUUUCAUUUCUCACAAACCAAACAAGACCUGGCAACAAGUAUUCUGGUUUGCCAUCAGCAUCGCUAUAAACAAUGCCUACAUCCUCUACAAAAUGUCAGAGGCCUACCAUGUGACAAGGUAUAGCCGCGCACAGUUUGGUGAAAGACUUGUAAAGGAGCUUCUGGGCUUGGAAGACACCUCACCCUCCCAUUGAUGCAUUGUUCUUGGUGGCAUAGGCAGGGGGUGGAGGGUAAGCAGAAGAAGAUACCACACCUGGAACGGCAAAGCAAGGAACUUGUGACACCACCAGUGCUGUCCUUAUCCACAAAUGCCAAGU